AUGAAAUUUCGUCGUCGACAUCGAGUUGCAAUAGUUGACAAUGACAGAUUAUAUUUAAUAGAAAAUAAUCAUAAUAGUAAUGAUACACGUAAUCAUUCAAAGAUAACUCGUAUUGCAUGGAAACUAGCAAAACAUACAUGGAAAGCAUGUAAAGUUGGUUUUCAAGCAGCAAUAACUAGUCAACCAUUUUAUUUUGCUAUUGAACCAACAGCACUGGCGACAACUAUAGCUGAAAUUCGAACACGAGAUAGACAACAUUAUUAA